AUGGCGAUGACAAGCAUGCCAUUCUGGAUAGCGAGUCUGUCCAUGAAUACCUGGAAACUCGGUCAAGUUUGGUGUCAGGUAGUAGGAUCAACAUCACAUAUUUUGGCAUCUGCAUCUAUAUUCACGAUAGCAUUGAUAGCAUUCAAUAGAUACAUAAAAGUCGUAAAACCCACCCUGAACAGAAAAGUAUUUCCCAGCAAAAGAGCAGCUCGGCUGUAUUGUGUUUUCGUGUGGCUGGUUUCCAUUUUUCUGGCAACGCCUUAUCUUUUUGGAUGGUCAGCGGUAUCAUACCAUAAGAAACUUGCCAUCUGUAUCCCAGAGAACAAUGUAUACAAAAUAACUAGCGCAGGUGGGAUUCUUAUCGGACUCACGAUCAUAAUUUUUUAUUGUAACUUCAAAGUCUACAAAGCUGUCAGAGAAAGCACGAGAAAUUUAAACGCGCACGCUGAAGAAAACGGAGUCCGCUGUGCAAAUGAUUCUUGCCGUUCCAAUAUGGCCGACCUAAGUGUUUUAAAGACAUGUGUCACCGUGGCCUGUUUCUUUGUGUUAACAUGGUCUCCAAUCUCCAUUGUCACCGUCAUUUGGACUCUUGGGUUUGAUAUUCCUCAAACGUUCCAUACAACAAGUGCUUACCUGGCGUUCUCCAGUAGCCUAGUAAAUCCAAUUAUAUACGGAUUUAUUAAUCCGCAGUUCAAAGUGGCUUUCAAAAAGGCACUGAGUUGUAGUCGUUUUGGAAACGGUAACACAGAUCAGAAUCACUCAAGGAAUGAAGUAAGACGGGAGGUUGCAAGAGGAUUAGAGACUGCGGCAUAA